AUGUCUAAUGAAAAAGUUUGUCAACGUCUCUAUCUUGGUCUUGAUUUAAGUACACAACAAAUUAAAUGUAUCGUCAUCGAUGAACAAUUACAAACGAUUGCUGAAGAAGCAGUUAGUUUUAAUGAUCAGUUCUCACUUAUUCAUCAUGUUCAACCAAAUGGUUUUAUUGUUGAUAAAAAUGAUAAUCGUUGUAUAACAACACCAGUAUUUGUAUUUCUAGAAGCACUUGAUGUAUUAUUCCAAAAGUUACGUAAUCAAAAAAAGUUUGAUUUUUCAAAUAUUGUUGGAAUAUCAGGAUGCGGACAACAACAUGGUAGUGUUUAUUGGAAAACUAAAACAGAAUUAGAAAAUUUAAAAAAUUUUCAUGUAACAAUUGAUAAUAAUACAGAAAAAUCUAAUGAAAAAGAUUUAUAUCUUGUUAAUCUUUUAAAAUCAUCAUUUUCAUGUAUUAAUUGUCCUAUUUGGAUGGAUUCAUCAACAACAGAUGAAUGUCAAUUAAUUGAAAAAUCUAUUGGAAGUGCACAAAAUCUUUUUCAAAUAACUGGAUCAAAAGCAUAUGAACGAUUUACUGGUAGUCAAAUAAUGAAAAUAGCUAAUAAGACAUCGGAAAUUUAUGAACAAACAGAACGUAUUCAAUUAAUAAGCAAUUUUCUUGCUAGUAUUUUACUUGGUGAAUAUGCUCCUAUUGAUUUAUCUGAUGGUUCAGGCAUGAAUUUACUUGAUAUUCGUCAAUAUAAAUGGUCAAAAGAAUGUUUAAAUAUAUGUGGAAAAGAUUUAGAAAAAAAACUUUCCGAUAAACUUGUUCAUCCAAGAACAGCACUUGGAACAAUUGCAAAAUAUUUUGUUGAACGUUAUGGUUUUAAUAGUCAAUGUCAAAUUGUAUCAUUUACCGGAGAUAAUCCAUCAUCAUUUUAUGCAUUAGCAUCUGAUGCAAAAACAGUUGUUAUUAGUUUAGGUACAAGUGAUACAGUUAUGGCUUCAAUUUCUGGAUAUGAAAUGCCAAAACAAGCAUUGGAUGGUCAUUUACUUGUUAAUCCAUUAACAGAUGAUCGAGAAAAUAAACUUUUAAUGCUUCUUCUUUGUUUUAAAAAUGGAUCACUUGUACGAGAACGUGUACGUGAAGAAAUUUCUGCAAAAGAUUGGAAUCAAAUAAGUGAAUUACUUUCUAAAACUUCGCCAACAAAUCAUGGUUAUAUUGGAUUUUUCUAUGAUGAUCAUGAAAUUUUACCACAAAAUAUUCAAGGAAGAUUUUAUUUUAAUGCUGAUGAUCAACAAAUUGAUGAUCUUGAAGGUGCAUAUAAAGCAAGAGCUGUACUUGAAGGACAAUGUCUUGCAAAACGACUUUAUUUACAAAGAGCUAAUAUAGAUUUAACUAAUAAGGUUGAUCGAAUUGUGAUUACUGGUGGUGCAUCUGUUAAUGUUGAUCUAGUACAAAUUUUAGCAGAUAUCUUUGGUAAACCAGUUUAUGCUACAUUCGCACCGAAUUCUGGUGCUCUUGGUGGUGCUUUACGUGCUAUUGAUGUUAUUAAUCAUAAACCGAAUUCAACAACUUCGACUGUUGAAUGUCUUAUUGCUGCUCAACCUCGUCAUGAAUACACAGUGAUAUAUGAUGAAAUGCUUGUUCGUUAUGCUAAGCUAGAAGAUAAAAUAGUCAAAGGAACAAAAUAA